AUGGACAAUACUUUAGAUAUUAAACAUAAUGUUAAUCUGGAUUCAACAUCAUUCAAACCAUUACCAAAAGAAAUUGCUCUACUUGAUCCAUUUGAUUUGGAAAAUAGUAAAAUGGUAUCGACUGUAUUGGGUGUAGACCAACUGUUAAAGAUUAAGAACCCAAUAGAACAAUUUGUAAUGAUUGAUGCCAAGCUUGAUGAUGUUAUAGUGACUGAUCCAGGUUAUCCAAACACUGAUUUCAAGAUCAAACCAAUAGCGGUUUACAACCGAUACAUUGAGUAUGUUACUUUGGAUGAACCUGAAACAUAUCCUGUUACGUAUUUAAAAGGAUGGAUUCCAAGCAACUCCUUUAUUGGAAGAUUCAUUGAUAUUUGUGAUUCCAAAAACCAGGUUACUAAAUUGUAUCAUGGUGGAGAUCCAUUUCCAUCAAAUGAACCAGUUCAAACAACUAUUAAACUAGGUGUUGGAACAUCAAUUAUAUUCCAAACAAAUAUCAUUUAUGGAAUGAGAGUGAACUAUCCUGGAGGGAUAUUCUCUUAUGAUGAAUUACAAUUAUUUAGAGGUGAAGUAUUUUCAGUACCUGCUAGUCAGGUUCAUUUUGAACCUGUUGGUCCAAAAGCUUGUGAAGAGUAUAUCAGAGGAAAGGGGGCUAGUCGUUGGCAAGAAAGAUAA